GUUUUGAUUUGACAAAUUCAAGACAAAUCAAUUGUGUUUGUAAAAAUAAUCUCGUUUUGUUCGCUUGUUUGGCUCACAAAUGGGGUUUUCCCUAAGGAAAUUAAAAUUUAAUCGAGAUUAGUGCUUCGAAGACAAAUUAAAUGACUUAAUUCCACCACAGAACAGUUUAGUGCCGGCAAAACAGAACAUGGCGGUCUUAGGAUGGAUUAAAUUCGUGUUUUUAAUCAGUUUCCCUUAUUUGUGUUUGCAAGAAACAAUAAACAAAGGAGGAAUAAUAUUUCACUAUAAUAAUACAUAUAAAUAUGAUGUUCCAUACACGGUGGCUGUUAAUAAGAGCACAGAAUACAUAUUGGAGUUUGGAGGGGAAAUGGAAACAUACGAUACUCCGGCGAGAGUGACCGUAGCAAGCGACUUCGCAAACAAGACAUAUCCAUUGUUCAUAACUGCCAGACAACAGAAAGGAGUAUUCUCAUGGCAACUGCCAAUGAUAGUACAGACGCCGGUCAGUCUGGAACAGUUCACGAACAUAUCCCGGACUCUCUGCCCCCACAACAAUAUGUUUACCGAGGAUGAAGACACUUGUGACGUAUCAACGCUUAACACUCCAAUAAUACACUUAACUUCAUCAUCGCCGGACUCCAUAAACGUAACGAUUCUCGUCGAAACAGUACAAGACUUUUUCGUCAGGUUGAAUUCAACCACGAAUCUAACAAUUACUCCCAGUCAACCGAUGUAUUAUUUUUUCCCAUUCGACCAAUCGAAUAAUUUAGAUUUGAAUUACCAACAUGCUAAAAGAAAGUACUUGUGUAACCAAAUGGAUGAGGAUGAGGGUUCAAGUUUCCAUAAAUAUCUUUUGAGGUCCAAUUUCGAAACUAGGAGUUGGAUGUCCAGACCGAAAAGUGUAAUCGUCAUGAUUGAGUCUGAUGAUGACAUAUGCGCUGUCGUUUCUAUACAGAAUUUUUCGUGUCCAGUAUUCGAUAACGAAAGGGAUAUACUGUAUGAUGGAUAUUACUUGACUAUGACAAGAAGAGGAGGGAUCACUUUGACUCAAGACACAUUCCCAGUGGGUUUUUACAUAGUAUUCAUAGUGAAAACAUCAGAUGAGGAUUGCACAGAGAAAGGAGGGAAUGCGACCUUACCACACGUGGCGCAGUACCUCGGAUGGUCACAGGAGGAGGUGGUCCAAGUGGUCACCAACGAUGGCAGGGUCAAGAAUUUCAGUUUCAGAAUAAUACAAACUAUAUCGUACCAGGAGUAUGCUAUAGCCGCUGGGGCCGCCUUAGCCUUUUUUGGCUCUUUCUAUAUAGCCUUUAUCAUAGCCGUUGUGUGUCGGAAGAGGAUACAGCGGUCUACCGAACUCAGUGAAGAAGAAGGCCGUCUGACCCCCCCAAUAGUACCCCAUGAUGAUGAAAACAUUGUGAACGUGGCGACGACGCGACGGCGACACGUCAACGUUGCGGAGACAAGCGGAGAGAGCACCUCGCGACAAUGUCUCGUCGGCGAAGGAGAUAUAUUUAAUUCCACGCGUACAGAUGGCAGCUCGUCGUCGGACACAGAAUCUGACUUUUCAACGCUAGAUGAUGUUAACACGGACAAGGAUAUAUAUAGACUUGGAGGAAAACUCUGCGUCGCCAACCUGGCUAGAUGUCGCCCCCGCGUCCUCUCGGCUCGCUCCAAGAUGUAUCUGUGGAAUGUCCUGACGGUAGCUGUGUUCUACACUCUGCCAGUCAUACAACUCGUCGUCACAUACCAACGGCUUCUGAAUCAAUCUGGAAACCAGGAUUUGUGCUAUUUUAACUUCUUAUGCGCUCAUCCGUUACUGGUCCUUUCCGAUUUCAACCACGUAUAUUCGAACCUGGGAUAUGUGCUAUUAGGCCUGCUUUUCUUAGCCCAAGUAUGGCGGAGACAUAAUACACAUCAAAACAAAACAGCUGCACAGAAGGAGCUGGGUAUACCACAGCAUUUUGGCCUUCUUUACGCUAUGGGCAUAGCGCUAGUGAGCGAAGGCCUACUCUCCGCUGCAUACCACGUCUGCCCAAACAGCAUGAACUUCCAAUUCGACACAUCGUUUAUGUACGUAACAUCAGUGCUGUGCAUGGUGAAGAUCUACCAAUCGCGACAUCCGGACAUCAAUGCGCGUGCGCAUGCCACCUUCGGAGUACUCGCUCUUAUCAUAUUUAUUGGUCUGGUCGGAGUUUUGAACGCAAACUUCUACUUCUGGAUAGCGUUCACGGUCCUCCACCUCGUCACCUGCCUAGUGAUGACAUUCCAGAUUUAUUAUCUGGGUAGAUUCAAAUUGGAUGGAGGUAUGAUAUGUCGCGCGGCCCGCGAGCUAGUGUCGCGUCCCCUAGCGGCUAUCACCCCGACUCACUGUGGCCGCUGUGUGUUACUGAUUAUAGCCAACCUGUCUAACUGGGCUAUAGCCGCUUAUGGAGUGGCCCAGCACAGUCGUGACUUCGCCUCCCACCUCCUGCUGGUCCUCAUGAGUAAUCUGUUCCUCUACACAUUAUUUUAUAUCGUCAUGAAGUUACUCAACCGGGAGUCGAUUCGUUGGUACAGUUGGGUGUUCAUAGCGCUGACAUAUUCGAUAUGGUUCGGAUCCAGCUAUUUCUACUUAGACCAAAACACAAAUUGGGCUCUUACUCCGGCGCAGUCGCGGCAAAGCAAUCGCCAAUGUUCCCUGCUACAACUAUACGAUUCGCACGAUAUUUGGCAUUUCCUAUCAUCGACCGCCAUGUUUUUCUCAUUCAACAUGUACCUAACUAUAGACGAUAAUCUCUCUAGAACACCUAGGAGCAAUAUUAUGGUGUUUUAAUUAAAAAAAUAUAAUUAAUUCUAAGUCUGCAUCUCAUAUCGUCAUCAGCCUAUAAGUGCCCACUGCUGAGCAAAGGCCUCUUCUCACACGGAGAAGGUUUGAGCAUUAACCACCACGUUUGCUCAAAGCCAAGGUCGUG